CCUCCCUCCUCUCUCUCCCCGGCAGCCCUCUGCGAGAAGCUCCGCUCCCCCAGCACUUUCUGGGCCCUGAGAUAUGGCAAUGGUAGUUAGCAGCUGGCGAGAUCCGCAGGAAGACGUGGCCGGGGGGAACCCAGGCGGCCCCAACCCCGCAGCCCAGCCCGCCCGGGAACAGCAGCAGCAGGCGGGUUCGGCGGCCCCGCACACCCCCCAGACCCCGAGCCAGCCGGGACCUCCGUCCACCCCAGGCACGGCGGGGGACAAGGGGCAAGGCCAGCCCGGCUCGGGCCAAAGCCAGCAACACAUUGAGUGUGUGGUGUGCGGGGACAAAUCGAGCGGGAAACACUACGGCCAAUUCACCUGCGAAGGCUGCAAAAGUUUCUUCAAGAGAAGCGUCCGCAGGAACUUAACUUACACAUGCCGUGCCAACAGGAACUGUCCCAUAGACCAGCAUCACCGCAAUCAGUGCCAAUAUUGCCGCCUCAAGAAGUGUCUCAAAGUGGGCAUGAGGCGGGAAGCGGUUCAGCGAGGAAGAAUGCCUCCAACCCAACCCAACCCAGGCCAAUAUGCCCUCACCAAUGGGGAUCCCCUGAACGGUCACUGCUAUCUGUCUGGAUACAUCUCACUGCUGCUGCGGGCCGAGCCCUACCCUACCUCCCGCUACGGCAGCCAGUGUAUGCAGCCCAACAACAUCAUGGGCAUAGAGAACAUCUGCGAGCUGGCCGCCCGCCUACUCUUCAGUGCCGUCGAGUGGGCCCGCAACAUUCCCUUCUUCCCGGACCUGCAGAUCACAGACCAGGUGGCCCUGCUGCGGCUCACAUGGAGCGAGCUGUUUGUCCUCAACGCGGCGCAGUGCUCCAUGCCCCUCCACGUGGCCCCGCUGCUGGCCGCAGCGGGCCUGCACGCCUCGCCCAUGUCCGCCGACCGGGUCGUGGCCUUCAUGGAUCACAUCCGUAUAUUCCAGGAGCAGGUGGAGAAGCUCAAGGCCCUGCACGUCGACUCUGCGGAGUACAGCUGCCUCAAAGCCAUCGUCCUCUUCACAUCAGGUGAGGGGUGGAGGAGAGAUGGGAGGAGGGAGGGGAAGAAGGGGUGGAGGGAGAUGCACAGAGGGAGGGUUGGAGAGGCGGGGGAGUUGCGAUGGGGAGAGGGAGCACAAGUGCUUGGUAAGAGCGAGAGCCAGCUUGAUGCCCCCCCCCUCCCCCGUCACCUCCUCUUCCUCCCCAACCUCCUCACCCUCACCUCCGGUCCGACAACCAGAUUGCUUGAAUGGGGGGUUGGGGAGGGGGUCGCUGCUGCCAGGUUUGGAGUGGAUCUAGGGGUGGGUGGGCCUCUGCUGCUGCUGCUGCUGCUUUCUCAGUUACUGCCGCAGCUUACUCUCACCAGCCCGAUCUGGGCAAGAACAGAGGAUGUGAUGGCCUGGUUAGGGGGUGAAACAAACCAGGCUGACUAUCUCUACCUCUUCUCUGUCAGCGUCUGA